UGAAUCAUGUCUAGCUGAAUGCAAGCAGUGCAGACACACCAAUGCCCUGCAAUGUUGACUGGGCGCCGCCUCUGCCUGCCUCUCGCUCCCUGUCUCUCCCCCUGCUGCUCCCUCCCUCCCUCUCUCCCUCUCCCCGUCCUCCCUCCCUCCCUGUCUCUCUCUCCCUCUCCCCCUCCUCCCUCCCUCCCUCCCUCUCGCCCCCAGUUUGUAAUCUGACACAGUACACUGCAGUUGUCUCCGCGGUGAAACUCCGGAGCCUUGGCACAGCUCGCUUCUAAAGCUUGGAAAUGACCCGCUACACCUGAAGCCUGCAGGUGCUGAGGCCAUAUUCGAUCAGACCCAAGCUUUGGGAGACCCCUGGGGAAAUUUCCCACUUCCUGUCCUGAGACCAGGAACUCAGCAGAGAAACUUUGUGGAAAAUGAACUGAAGGAUGCCACCCAGGGAGACUAUCGCCUGAGAUCCCAUCAUGCAGGCCUUCCCACAAGGGCCUGGCAGCAUGACAAGGUGAAGGCAGAGUAUGUGCAUCUCAACCACCCGCUCACCCUCGUGACCAGAGAGCGCGAUUUGGCCGUGAAGGAGAAACACCAGCUCCAAGCCAAGCUGGAGAACCUAGAACAGGUCCUGAAGCAUAUGCGAGAGGCGGCUGAACGGCGGCAGCAGCUGGAGUUGGAGCAUGAGCAGGCCCUGGCUGUUCUCAGUGCCAAGCAGCAGGAAAUUGACCUUCUGCAGAAGGCUCAGGUUGAGGCUAAGAAGGAGCAUGAAGGCGCAGUGAGGCUGCUAGAGUCCAAGGUUCGAGAGCUGGAAGAGAAAUGCCGGACUCAAAGUGAGCAGUUCAACCUGCUGUCCCGGGACCUGGAGAAGUUCCGGCAGCACGCUGGGAAGAUUGACCUGCUGGGUGGCAGCGCGGUGGCUCCCCUGGACGUUUCCACGGCCCCCGGCAAGCGUUUCCCACAGUUCAUGAAUGGCCUAGCCACCUCCCUCGGCAAAGGUCAGGAGAGCGCUAUUGGAGGUGGCUCUGCGAUCGGUGAAUAUAUCCGGCCCCUUCCGCAGCCCGGUGACAGGCCAGAGCCUCUGUCCGCCAAGCCCACCUUUCUGUCAAGAUCCGGUAGCCCAAGAUGCAGAUCUGAGUCAGACAUGGAGAAUGAACGGAACUCCAAUACCUCCAAGCAGAGAUACUCGGGGAAGGUCCACCUCUGUGUUGCCCGCUAUAGUUACAACCCCUUCGAUGGACCGAACGAGAACCCCGAAGCUGAGCUGCCCCUCACGGCGGGAAAAUACCUCUACGUCUAUGGAGACAUGGAUGAGGAUGGGUUCUAUGAAGGAGAGCUCCUCGAUGGCCAGAGGGGUCUGGUGCCCUCCAACUUCGUGGACUUUGUGCAGGACAACGAGUCGCGGUUGGCAAGCACGCUGGGGAACGAGCAGGAUCAGAACUUCAUCAACCAUUCCGGCAUCGGCCUGGAGGGAGAGCACAUCCUGGACCUCCACUCCCCAACCCACAUAGACGCGGGCAUCACUGACAACAGUGCCGGGACCCUGGACGUGAACAUCGACGACAUCGGAGAAGACAUCGUGCCUUACCCUAGAAAAAUCACCCUCAUCAAACAACUCGCCAAAAGUGUUAUUGUGGGCUGGGAGCCCCCGGCGGUGCCACCAGGAUGGGGAACGGUGAGCAGCUACAACGUCCUGGUGGACAAGGAGACACGCAUGAACCUCACGCUGGGGAGCAGAACUAAAGCCCUCAUCGAGAAGCUCAACAUGGCAGCCUGCACCUACCGCAUCUCCGUGCAGUGUGUCACCAGCAGGGGCAGCUCGGACGAGCUUCAGUGCACGCUGCUGGUGGGCAAGGACGUGGUGGUGGCCCCCUCCCACCUGCGGGUGGAUAACAUCACGCAGAUCUCCGCCCAGCUCUCCUGGCUGCCCACCAACAGCAACUACAGCCACGUCAUCUUCCUCAACGAGGAGGAGUUCGACAUCGUGAAGGCCGCCAGGUACAAGUACCAGUUCUUCAAUCUCAGGCCCAACAUGGCCUAUAAGGUGAAGGUUCUGGCCAAACCGCACCAGAUGCCGUGGCAGCUCCCGCUGGAGCAAAGGGAGAAGAAGGAGGCCUUUGUGGAGUUCUCCACGUUGCCUGCAGGACCCCCAGCACCCCCGCAAGAUGUCACCGUCCAGGCUGGGGUGACCCCCGCCACCAUCCGGGUCUCCUGGAGACCACCCAUGCUGACGCCCACUGGGCUGUCCAACGGCGCAAAUGUCACCGGCUACGGCGUGUAUGCCAAAGGGCAGAGGGUGGCUGAAGUCAUCUUCCCCACGGCAGACAGCACGGCCGUGGAGCUCGUGCGGCUGCGGAGCCUGGAGGCCAAGGGCGUGACCGUGCGGACCCUCUCCGCCCAGGGCGAGUCCGUGGACUCUGCAGUUGCUGCCGUUCCCCCCGAGCUCCUGGUGCCUCCUACCCCCCACCCGAGACCUGUACCCCAAUCAAAGCCAUUAGCAAGUUCUGGAGUCCCCGAAACCAAAGACGAGCACCUGGGUCCCCACGCCAGGAUGGAUGAGGCCUGGGAGCAGAGCCGCGCGCCUGGCCCUGUGCACGGGCACACGCUGGAGCCGCCCGCGGGCCCCGGGAGGCGGUCACCUUCACCCAGCCGCAUCUUGCCGCAGCCACAGGGCACCCCAGUGUCCACCACCGUCGCCAAGGCCAUGGCCCGGGAGGCCGCGCAGAGGGUGGCCGAGAGCAGCAGGUUAGAGAAAAGGAGCGUCUUCCUAGAGAGAAGCAGCGCGGGGCAGUACGCCGCCUCGGAUGAGGAGGAUGCCUACGACUCUCCAGACUUCAAAAGGAGGGGCGCCUCGGUGGACGACUUCCUGAAAGGCUCUGAACUCGGCAAGCAGCCACACUGUUGCCAUGGAGACGAGUACCACACGGAGAGCAGCCGGGGGUCUGACCUCUCAGACAUCAUGGAGGAAGACGAGGAGGAGCUGUAUUCUGAAAUGCAGCUGGAAGACGGGGGAAGGAGGCGGCCCAGUGGCACGUCCCACAAUGCCCUCAAGAUUUUAGGGAACCCAGCCUCUGCAGGACGGGUGGAUCACAUGGGCCGGAGGUUUCCCCGUGGCAGCGCUGGUCCUCAGAGGUCCCGGCCCGUGACAGUCCCAUCCAUCGACGAUUACGGGCGAGACCGCCUUUCUCCAGACUUCUAUGAAGAGUCAGAAACUGACCCUGGUGCCGAAGAGCUCCCGGCCCGGAUCUUUGUGGCUCUCUUUGACUACGAUCCGCUCACCAUGUCCCCAAACCCAGAUGCUGCAGAGGAGGAGCUUCCCUUUAAAGAAGGCCAGAUCAUCAAGGUUUAUGGUGAUAAAGAUGCUGAUGGAUUCUACCGUGGGGAAACCUGUGCCCGGCUUGGGCUUAUUCCUUGUAACAUGGUCUCUGAGAUACAAGCAGAUGAUGAGGAGAUGAUGGAUCAGCUUCUUAGACAGGGCUUUCUCCCUCUGAAUACACCUGUGGAGAAAAUAGAGAGAAGCAGGAGAAGUGGCAGGCAUCAUUCGGUAUCGACCCGGAGAAUGGUGGCCCUGUAUGACUACGACCCCAGAGAAAGCUCGCCCAACGUCGAUGUUGAGGCUGAACUUACAUUUUGCACAGGAGAUAUUAUUACAGUUUUUGGUGAAAUUGAUGAAGAUGGAUUUUAUUAUGGGGAGCUGAAUGGGCAGAAAGGCCUCGUGCCCUCAAACUUCUUGGAAGAAGUGCCUGACGACGUAGAAGUCUAUCUUUCUGAUGCUCCAUCCCACUACUCUCAAGAUACGCCAAUGCGCUCAAAGGCAAAAAGGAAGAAGAGUGUUCAUUUCACACCUUAAUCAGGCAAUGUAGCCUUCACGUAAGUGAGCAACUGAAGAUACCGAUAAAGAUACCAACUUAAGCUACCUUAAACGGGCCAAUGUGGUAGACUUAAGGCUUCAUUGUGGGGUUAAAAAAAAAAGAUAAAAAGAAAUAUGUCUCAAAAAACUAUUGGACCUAAAUAAUUAGAAUAUUACUUGGUCUCAGUUGUAAAGCAACUGAAUUUAUAGUGAAGCAAAUCAUCUUUAAUAAUCAUUUCCUACUAUUUGCAUUAAGAAUAUUUGAAAGGCCAACAUUGGGAACAUAUUUCUUAACAAGCUAACUGUGUGUUUACAUAGAGAGAGCUGCAUAUUGCAUUGUUAGCCACUCUUGGAAAAAGCACAACCUAACAAACAUGUUUACUAUAGGAAGUUUUACUUUAGAAACUUAACCCAAGGUCAAGCAGAUGAGUAGUGAACACAGGUGAUCGAGUGUUGGCUCUGAACACUCCAAACGCUGGCUCGAAUGGCCAGAACGUGUUUUCCUUAAGUAACCAUGCCUCUACCUUACGAGAGAGCUAUGCUCCUCCUCAAAGCACAAUCAUCCUGUGAGAGAAGUUGCUGCAACACGGAUUUGUUGUUGGUAUACCAAUGCAAUACUAAGUUGUUGAUGAAGCAUGCAGCUCAAACGAUCGCAUUAGACGGAAUAGAUGGUAUCUUCAGGUGUACUUUGGGAUGCUUUACUAGGUGUUUUCCAUUAGAAUUAGACCUUGAUUUUAAAUCCAAGCAAGCUUGAAGCCCCUUGGCUUACAGCAUUUGCCUGCUGCAUACUGAACACUCACAUGGCAAGAGUUGCUCUGGAGAGGUAGGGCCAGAGGAAUGCUGCUGCUCUGUCAACUCAGGCACAUACUUAGCUGUAAAAGGAAGCGAGGUAAAGUCGUCCUGCAGCAUAUUAGAGUAAAAGUCUACCCCUCUGAAGCACUAUUAAGCGCUUAACGUAUAUUGAAAUACUACCAUGUGCUAUCUACUGAGGAAGAUUCAUGUUCAAUUAUUUGGAAAUAAUGCAAGCAUCCACUAAGGGCCUUUAAGCUUUCUUUGAUUAUAAUUAAGGUUCAUUUUAGUUUUUUUUUUCUUUCAACCAGUGUGCCAUCUCCAAUAUUUCUAUAGUAUACUAACCAACCCAGGAAUGCACUUUAACAAUAUCAGGAUUUUAUAUAACCAAAUAGUUUCAAAUACAACAAAAUUCCCUUUAUGAACUUUUGCUUUUUAAAAGAUUACUGAUGGGUACUCGGCCAACUUUACUAUCAACCUAAUUUCAGAUAAUGUCUCCCCUGCCCUUAGUCUUCAUUUAUGAAGUGAAUUAUUACCUGCCUUAGCUUUGCCAAAGCAAUGGCCACCCUGCACUCCCUCGAGACAGAGAAACGGAACCCACACAUUUAUGUCUGGGCCCUCUCUCUGGCGUGCUGUGGGAGAGGACCUUUGCUUCUCAUGGCAUACUUUAACAACUGAAAGAACAAAUGAACCCCCUUGACCUUUCCUGGUGGGAAAUGGGGACAGUACGAUGUUACCAAGUGAAUUCUGUUGUUGGCGCUCACACACUCAAUAAACUGUAACACUGUACCUACUAGGUUCCUCCUGAGGGUUCAGGUACAGCAAGGAGAGCUCCAUCCCCCACAGUCCAUCUCCAUUCGGGGUCACCUACGUCAUCUAUGGGUUCUGGUAGUCCUGGGAGAGGCAGGGAAAUGUCCUCGAAAAAGAAAAAGGGGCUGCUUUCCAAAGGCAAGAAACUGCUGAAAAAGCUGGGUGCAGUGAAAUGAUUCAUGUGCUUCCGGACAACUGCCAAAUCUAUGUAAUUUUCUUUAAUUCCAAACUAGGGCUUUCAUGACUCAAGUACUUCCUAAAAAAACCCAAUCUUCUCCCCUGACACCAGUAGAGAAAUGCACUUUUGCACUACCAUCCACUUUAAACCAACCGCGAGAACAAAGAGGAGCGGUUGCUCUCUGUCACCGCUGGCAGUCUGCUCUCAUUGUCCAAGCUCUGAUUUGGGAGGUGGGAGGGGACGUCUUAUUAACAAACGGGGGCGCAUAGCUAUCACCUGUAGCUCCCUCCCUACCUGUAAUUCCAGUCUUUGUGCAUUUGUCAUCCGCCCUUAAAGGAAUGAUUUUCAACCUUUCUCCCUUCUCAAAAUGCUUGCCUCAUAAUGCAUAACUUUCACUUUGACUCUGGUCUUGAAAUUCCUAGUUUAAUUCGCCUUGAUGUUCUGCCUUAUAAAUGCACAAUGAUUUGUACUGUCUAAUAAAAACACAGUGUAUACUUUGUAUGUGUCGUGCAUUCAGUGGUCUUCAUCCUCACUGAUACAGUGGUUCGAGAUCAAGUUGUCCAGGCUGUGCAUUUUAAGAUGCUAGUUUCAGUCUUUCAAAGCCAGCCAGGCUACACACACAAAAUGUUUACUCAAUCAUUCAAAAAAGAGAAAAGGAGAGAAAGUAACUUUGGUAAAGCACCAGUACUCCAACCUUCCAGAAAGCCGAUAAUCUUCAUUGCUUUUAAUGUUCUAUUCUGUGGCAUAUGGUUUUCUGUUACUUUCGUUGUCAAAAUGCCAUACCCAAAUACACAGCAAUGAAUGGCACACAAGUAAUCCACAUAAUGCAUAAGCCACACCAAAGCCAGACUCAAUUUAAAUCUGCUCCAAAUGAGUCCAUACCCAUCUUCAUCAUUGGCAUUUGAACAAAAGACUUACAAAGUUGCUGGCAGAUGUAUUUGAUGGUUACUCUUUUGUAAUUCUUGUCCACUUGUAAAUUGUUUUUACUCUUUAUACAUACUUUUCAGACUGCCUUUCUUUUGUAAUUUAUGGACGGUUUAUAAAUGAAUGACAAAGCUUUCCCCAUUGUGUCUUCAAAAACUAUUAUAAAUUGUAAUAUAAUAGUAUGUGGUAGAUUUAUUAAAGGAAAUCCAUGUGUGGUUAAGCUCUGUGUGGGUGUGUGCAUGUGCACAGUUAGUGUAAAAUAUUUUCUAGAAAUAAAAUUUGUUAUUUUAUACAA